AUGUUGACAUUCAGAGGUCUGAUGGCAGGGUACAUGGAGCGGUGUUGUUUCUCAGCUAAAACCAGAACGGAAAGCAGUUCUUGUGGAGUGGGUGAAACUAAAGGGAAAGAGAUCGAUCUCACCGCUUUACUCGCCAUAAAUCCGACUCUCAGGGGAAAGGAUUCGCUGUCGAAGACUUUAGUACAUGCUCAUGAGGAGAGUAACGAUGAAAAUGAGAUGUUGUAUGACAUCCCUCGUGUUACUAAAAGAGUGGUGGCUCCUACUCAUCGCGGUACUGCUGAGACUACCUCAUCUGCGGCCGCUGUACGUCGCUCCAUGCUUAUUGACCGUGAAGGCAGUGCUAACGACCUCACUAUCGUUGCUGAAGACAAUGCCCAUACUCAACCUUCUACUCAUCGAGCUGCGCCCCGCGGCUUAGUUGCACCGCAGAAGGUGGUCAUACCUGCUGCGACAAAACGAACGACUGUCGCAAGUGCUGCCACAACUCCUGUUGAACGUAAUCCACAACCUAUAAUGACACGUUCAUCAGAAAUGGAAGAUAUUCACGACACAGUGAUUCUUCCCGAGCCAAAAGUGAAGUCAUCAACGGUCGCCAACAUCGAGAAACUGCAAAAGGAUCGCGAGGAGAGAAGAGCGCAACUGAACAACGUCAAAAAACAAAAGGAAUUGGAGAAAAGUAUAGAUCCUGGGAAUCCCAAUUAUCAAUUCCUGCUUAUGAUAAGAGAAUACCAGUCUCAGAUUGACUAUCGCCCUCUUAAAAUGACUGAUCAAGUUGUUGACAACAGGAUUUCGGUAUGCGUUAGGAAAAGACCUUUGAAUAAGAAGGAAAUCAACAAGAAAGAGAUCGAGGUGAUCACGAUCCCAAAUCGGGACCAUCUUAUUGUCCAUCAGCCACAGGUCAAAGUUGACCUGACAAAGUACUUGGAUAAUCAGAAGUUCCGAUUCGACUAUACAUUCGACGAAAACACUUCCAAUGAGAUGGUUUACAGGUUCACGGCUCAACCGCUGGUUAAAACAAUUUUCGAGCAGGGAUUUGCAACAUGUUUUGCAUAUGGGCAAACAGGGUCUGGAAAGACUCACACCAUGGGCGGAGAUUUCACAGGGAGAAAUCAGAAUUGUGCAAGUGGGAUUUAUGCCCUCACAGCAAGUGAUGUCUUCAAGAUGCAGCACUCGCAACAAUACAGAAAGCUGAAUUUGUCUGUUAGCUGCAGUUUCUUCGAAAUAUACGGGGGAAAAGUGUUUGAUUUGUUGAAACACAAGGCAUUGUUACGAGUACUAGAGGACGGUAAAAAGGAAGUGCAGAUUGUUGGUCUACAGGAGCUCCCGGUCGCAUCUGAGAAUGACGUGGGUCCUGGAUUUAAUUCGACAAGGAACCGACAUGCGCACUGCCUGGCGCCACAUCUGCAAAUUCCAAUUCGAGCAGAUCCCAUGCCGUCUUCCAAAUUGUGCUCCGAAAGUAAGGACAAGAAAUUAUGGGGAAAGUUUUCACUGAUUGACUUAGCGGGUAACGAACGUGGUCAAGAUACUGGUAAUUCCGAUAGGCAAACACGGCACGAGGGAGCUGAAAUCAACAAUAUUUACACUCAGCUCUCUAAGGAAUGUAUUCGCGCUAUGGCGAAGAACAGCCAUCACGUACCAUUCCGUACAUCAAAGCUCACCUUAGUCCUUCGCGAUUCAUUCAUAGGAGAGAAGGCGCGCACAUGCAUGAUAGCAAUGAUUAGCCCUGGAAUGUCGUCGUGCGAACACACCAUCAACACCUUGCGGUAUGCUGACAGAGUAAAAGAACUUGGAGCUGAUGAAGGCGGUUGUUCUCCACCCAUGGGUGAUGACGAAUUGAUGCUCCGAGGCGAUGGGGCUGGUGAUGAUGGUGAUAACGAAGACGCUGAUCUUUCCCUUGUUUGCAGUCGAAAUGGUACCGACAAGACUACGUUUGAUAUGAUGAAAAUGAUCUCAAGUGUAAACGCUGCCGAAGAAGAUGCCUUGUACACUCAGUACAAUGUUGAACUGAGCACAAAGACGUGGUCAAAGGAGUUAGCCGACUUACGUACGCGUUCAAGUACCGUAGAUUACGAUACAGAGAAGUAUGUACGAGAUUCAAUUGCUCAGAUGAAGAAAGUCGCAUCCGCAGUCAGUGAAUGUUUAGAACGCCUCGAGAAAUGGAAGGAACUGCAGGCGAUGGAAGCCGAAAUGUCAAAGAAAGUCGCCGGUAAUAAAAAGAAGUAG